AUGAGGACUCUUCGCAGGUUGAAGUUCAUGAGUUCGCCCAGCCUCAGUGAUCUGGGCAAGAGAGAGCAGGCAGCCUUGGAUGAGCGGGGGACCCAGCAGCGCCGGGCCUGCUCCAACGCUACCUGGAACAGUAUCCACAAUGGAGUGAUAGCGGUAUUCCAGCGUAAGGGUCUCCCAGACCAUGAACUUUACAACCUCAAUGAAGGAGUCAGGCAAUUACUGAAAACAGAACUGGGAUCAUUUUUCACUGAGUAUCUGCAGAAUCAGCUGCUCACAAAAGGCAUGGUGAUCCUAAGGGACAAGAUCCGGUUUUAUGAAGGGCAGAAACUACUGGAUACCUUAGCUGAAACCUGGGAUUUUUUCUUCAGUGAUGUCCUGCCCAUGCUGCAGGCUAUUUUCUAUCCUGUGCAGGGGAAGGAGCCCUCAGUUCGGCAAUUGGCUCUUCUGCAUUUUAGGAAUAUAAUUACCCUCAAUAUAAAAUUGGAAGAUGCAUUAUCCCGUUCCAGAGCCAGGGUUCCACCAUCUAUUAUUCAGAUGCUGUUAAUACUUCAGGGGGUUCAUGAGUCGAAAGGUGUGACUGAAGAUUAUUUGAAACUGGAAUCCCUGAUCCAGAAAGUUGUUUCUCCUUACUUGGGCACGUACGGUCUGUAUUCAAGUGAUGGACCCUUCACGCACUCUGCCUGUAUCUUGGAGAAGCGGUUCUUCAGACGUUCGAAGUCAGGUGACAUCCUUGCCAAGAACCCUGUGGUGCGAUCAAAGAGCUACAACAAUCCACUGCUGACACCAGUGGCCGAGUAUGAAACUGAGAGCAUAGCUGCCAACGGAACCGGCAUCCGAAGGCACUCCGUCUCAGAAAUGACCUCCUGCCUGGAGCUCCAGGGGUACUCCAACCUCACCACCAUCAUGGACAACGGUUCCAAGAGCUCCAUGACAACCAUGAAAAACUCACUGCCAGGAGACCAGGAGAGGCCCAGCACUGGGUCAGUGCAGUGCUCUAGCAAGCUCAGCACAGCUGAGCAACAGAAAGGACUCUUCCAUUCAAUUGGUGACCCACACAGGUCUUUUGAGCUAGACAGAGACACUUCCUUACUUCCAGUUCCCUCUUCCAGUCCUGAGAACGUAGUGGAUCAGAUUUUGGAGUCAAUCGACUCUGAUUCUGAAGGCAUUUUCAUUGAUUUUGGCCGAGGCUGUUCCAAUUCAUCAGCAUACAAUGUGGAUGUGAACAGACAGAGCAUUGUGUGA